AUGUUUGAAUCCGUUGUGGCGACAUUGUUGAACCGUUUCUUGGGCUCAUACAUUGAGAACUUCGAUACGAAGCAACUUAACAUCGGAAUCUGGUCUGGUGAUGUCCGACUCAAGAACUUGAGACUUAAGAAGGAAUCCUUAGAUAAGUUUAAAUUGCCUGUGGACGUCAAAUUUGGCCAUUUGGGUGAACUCACCUUGCUGAUUCCAUGGUCUAAUUUAAAGGGAAAGCCAGUUAAGGUUGUUAUAGAAGACGUCUACCUUCUAGCGUCCCCGAUCAUCAUCACUGACUUUGACGCUGAUGAAGAUGCCACUAGAGAACAGAAGCUUAAACAAGAGAAGCUUCAGGAUUUAGAAGCCUUACAGAGUGCAAUUACUGCCAACUUGAAUGCUAGUAAAGACGGCGAUGCUCAAGCUUCAAAUGAAUCUUUCACUGAGAGCUUGGUUACCAAGAUCGUCGAUAACUUACAGGUAACCAUUAAGAAUAUCCAUGUCCGUUACGAAGAUGAGGGUGUUUUGACUGAUUCUCCUUAUGCCUUAGGUCUCACUCUUGACGAAUUGUCUGCUGUGUCUACAGACGAAAACUGGAAGGCCAGCUUCAUUUCCAUCACACAAAGCCUUACGAGAAAGCUACUUAUGCUUAAAAACUUCUCGUGCUAUAUGAAUACAGAGAGUCCUUCAAUCUUUUCUGGAUCGCCUGAUGAUGUGCUUGAUGCGCUUAGAUCGUCUCUUGGGACGAGAUCAGAGAAACAGUACCUUCUUAAACCUGUUUCUGGAGAAGGAAGACUUACUGUCCACAAGACUGGUGCCACAGAAACACAUCCACAUGUAACUACAGAGCUUUUUUUCGAGGAGUUUGGCAUUGAGUUCGAUAGUAGUCAGUAUCGGGACAUCUUGUGGACUGCUUCCAAGCUUCACUGGUACCAAAAGACAUGGAAAUUCCGUAAAUAUAGACCACGGGUUUCUGUGGAAGAGGAUCCAAAGCAAUGGUUUAGGUACACCGCCAAGAGUAUUCUCGGUGAGAUCCACGAAAAGAACUAUAGAUGGAGUUGGGAUCACUUCAAAAAGAGAAGGGACCAAAGAAAGAAAUAUAUCAGCUUGUGGAAGAAUAAGGUUCUUAAGAAGCCACUUAAUGCUCUGGACCAAACAAUGUUCGAAAAGUUAGAAUGGGACCUUCCUUAUGAGGAUAUCAGAUUUUAUAGAUCCCUCGCCAGAAGUGAGAUCAGGAAAGAGAAGUUGUCGGCUCCUCCUUCCACUCCCCAACCAGCAUCAAGCGGCGGCUGGAUUUCUUCGUGGUGGUAUGGUAACAAGAGCCAGGAAACCAUCGAGGCACCCAAAUCAGAGGGUGGCUUGAAUCUCACUUUGACUGACGAGCAAAGAAAGGCUCUUUAUGAAACCAUUGAUUUUAACGAAGAUGACACUCUCAGCGACGCAGUCAAUAUUCCACGCGAUAGAGUCACAGUUGAAAUCUUCAUGACUAUUAAGAAAGCAGGUAUUUCUUUGAAGCCAGUCAAACAUGGCCCAAGUUUGGCAGAAGUCAUGGUAGAGGGUUGCAGGACUCAGAUCUACCAGAGGCCAGAUUCUUUCUUGGCCAAUUUCCAAUUGCAAGAGCUUAAGGUAGAGGAUGGAACUUCGAAAACGUUGUACAAGCACAUUGUCAGCGUCAAGCACGUCCAUUCAGGUCUUCAUUCUUCGGUGGAAGAGUUCCAUGACGCCUCUUCAUCUGUGAGCUCUCAAAAGAGUGACCCAUUCUUCAGAGUCUCUUUUGAGAACAACCCGUUGGAUGGAAGUGCUGAUUCUGUUCUUCUUGCAAAGUUGAAUUCGAUGACAAUUUUCUAUAACGCAUUUUUCAUUGAAGAAAUCAUCCGAUUCUUUAAGCCCCCGAAGAUCCAUCUUGAUACUAUUGGUGCUAUCAUGAAUGCUGCAGAGGCAACUAUGGAGGGUAUCACGGAACAGACAAGAUUGGGUCUUCAGUAUGCUUUGGAGGAACACAAGACUAUCAAUGUCAAGCUUGACCUCCAAGCACCUUUGGUCAUUAUGCCUCUUGACCCAACUAGCUGGAAAUCACCGGUCGCUAUCCUAGACGCUGGUCAUUUGAGCGUCACGAGUGAUUUGGUUGACAAAGCGACUAUUGAGGAUAUCAAGUCCAAAGAGAGUUAUAGCAAUGAGGAUUGGAGUAAGCUCAAGACUCUCAUGUAUGAUCAGUUCAAUCUUCAUCUUCAAGAUGCCCAGUUUCUUGUGGGUUCCACGAUUAAGGAUACCAUGGAGCAGCUUCACACAGAGAAGUCAAAGCAGUCAGCUGUUAUGCUUAAUAAUUUAGACAUACGACUCAAUUUGGGCGUCUCUAUCAUCCCAGAAGCUACUAAUUUGGCUAGAUUCAAGCUUGGAGGUGAGAUUCCCGAAAUUGACGUUGCCCUCAAUGACUUCCAGUAUAAGACUAUCAUGAAACUUAUAGACGUCGUUAUACCUGAUUUAGCUGCCAACGAGGGUGACGAUAACAGUGUUUUCCAUGCCUUUGGUCAAAAAGAAGAACAGUACAAGCUCGAAGAUGUCGAAGAAUCUGCCGUGGCUCUCAGAGAUGCUAAGAAGCCAGAGAACCCCCAGCAUAUGGUUGAGAUGGAUUUCACAAUCACCCGAGUUAACUUGUCAUUGUCGAGAUGUACUAAUGCUGUCACCCUCGAGGCCGAACCUUUCCUCGAUCUUGUCGGCGACACACUUGAACUUUCUUUCUACAAGACUGAUUAUGAUAUGCAUCUUGACUUGACCUUGAUUGACGUUGACAUUAUUGAUCACAUAGAAAAAUCUGGUGUUCCUGAGUUCGAGAAGUUGAUGUCUUCGAGAAACUUUACCGAAAGCGAAGCAGUGGUGCGUAAGAACAAAGAACUUUUCAAGCUUGAUCUUACCAGGACUCAGAGGAUUGUCGAGUUCAACGGGAAUGACAUCGAAGUGUUUGACUUGGAUAUUAUUGUUGACAUGUCUGCCGUAAAGUGUGUUGUCUCACGUAUGUCAUACUUGAGUAUCCUCAACUUUAUGUUGAAUACGUUCACCGAUCCUAAUGCUGAAGAAACCCCUGCCGACACAUUGAAGCACAAUGAUUACAAUGAUGACCGCAUUGCUCCUCAAAAGAUAAACGUGAAGGUCAAUCUUGAUAGUAUCAUUGUCGUCCUUAACGAAGAUGAUCUUAAAUUGGCAACCUUGCAAUUGAGUACGGCGAACGUGAAGGUAUUUGUCCUUCCAGAGGCGCUUGAGGUUAGCGGUUCGUUAGGUGCCUUGUCUUUACAUGACGAAUCAAACGAGGGCUCGCCAAGAGACUCCAUCUUCCGCAAUUUGAUUAACAUCGAAGGCGACAACCUAGCCGAAUUCACGUACAAGACUUACGAUCCAACUACCAAUAAGGAACCAUAUGAUAGUUAUAUUGAGUUUAUCACCGGUUCUUCUACUAUCAACUUUGCCGAGGAUGCCUUUGGAAAGAUCUUUAAUUAUCUCAACAAGUUUGCGCAGAUGAAGGCCAUUUAUGAUAAGGCUCGUGACGCGGCUAUCAACCAAGCUAACCAAAUUGACGCCUCCAAUAAGAUGAAGAUGAAUAUUCUUGUCAGGGCACCUACGGUACGUUUGCCUAAGCUUAUUGGUAGCGCUGCUGACGAUUAUGAUGUCAUAGUGGCGGAACUUGGUGAACUUUACCUUCACAACGAUUUCGAGCCAAGGGGUGAUUUGUUAUACAACGUGAUGAAUGCCGGCCUCAGAAACACCAAAGUAACUUCAAAGUUUCAUCUCGAUGAGGUUAUCCAAGAGAGUCAGAUGGUCGAUGCAUUGGAUAUUGGUUUCCUGAUUGAUUAUCUUGAGGACUUCCACGAGGAUAAGCCUACUUUUAAGGUCAACGGAAGCUUACCAGAGCUUGACUUCCAUUUAUCUGAACUCCAGCUCAACUAUUUGUAUAACUUGCAGAACAAGAUUAGUGCUGUCUUUAUGGCAUCAGACGAUGAGGACUCCAUGGAUAAGAUUGAGGCUGAUGCAGAGAAUGCCAAUGCAUUAAUGGCACACGACUCGUCUUUAAUCAGACAGAAGCAGCAAUCUGAUAAAUCUGCACCGGAAGUUUCAGAGCCAAAGCCAGCUAGCACAGCAAGCCAGAAUUCUCCUGAUCAUGUUAAGUUUGAUAUUGCUUUGGAGAUCCCAAAAAUUUCGUUGCUGCUUUAUCAUAACACGCAUGAUGUGGCUUCCUUUGACUCAAGAAAGCUUGCUUUGUUAGCCAUCAAAGACUUUAAAGCGCUGUUCUUCAUGAAGGAUGACGAUAAUUUCACCUCAGACCUUACGGUUAAUGCAUUCACUAUUAGUGACGUUAGAUCCCACACUUCAAACAAAUUCCCCGAAGUCAUCCCACCUUUGCAGGAUGAGAGGAAUCAGUUCAAAUUGAAUGCAUCUACUGGAUCGACUGGAGUUAAUGACAAGAAAGCUACUACGGUGAUGUUGACAAUCGAGGAACCGCAAGUUAUCUUAGCCUUAGACUUCCUUUUCGGCUUGCAAGCCUUCGCCAACAAGGGUCUACAGGUCGACUCUGUUCAGCCAACUUUCGACAUGGAUGAUGAGUUUGAUUCUGAAGAUGAAUCUAUUGAUGGGCGCCUCCAUAAAGCUGAAGAAGAAGAAGCAGAAGUCGCGGAGACAUUUGCUUCCACAUUGGGCUUUUCGGUCAAUAUUACUAAACCUUCUGUGUUACUUCUUGCUGAUUCUACCCAGGAGGAUUCUGAAGCAAUUGUGUUCAAGGUAGAGCAAAUGCUUAUAACCAGCCAGAACAUCGUUUCUUUGGCUGCAGACAGCAUUGGAAUGUUUGUUUCGAGGAUGGAUGACUUUGAGCGGAGGCUUCGUAUUAUUGAUGACUUCUCCGUCUCUUUUGCAUUAGAUGGAAGAGGUUCGACGGCGACGUCAUUUUUGACAAACAUUCAGCUUUCAAUUGAUCCUUUACUUGUUAGACUUUCAUUGAGAGAAGUCCGUCUAGGCUUGAGAAUAGCAAACAGGGCAAAUGAGCUUUACGCAGAGGCUAUGGGUAAAGAUCUCAAUGCUAAUACCGAGCCGGAUCAUAGUAUUACCGAUGAUUUCAAACGCCGCUUAUCGCAGUACGCUCCGAGUGUUGUCUCUGGCUUCUCCAGGGAUUCAGCAAAGCGUAGAAAGCGUUCGAUGACUACUGAAGUAAUUGUGAAGGGGGAGGAGUUCAAUGCUUCCUUUGGUGGUGCCAGAUUUGUACUUAUUGGUGAUAUUCAUGAAUUGCCUGUUAUUGAUGCCAACAUCAACGCCUUCGAAACUAAAGUCUUGAAUUGGUCUACGGAAUUGAGCGCUGAAUGUCACCUUGAGCCUUACGUGAACAUCUACAACUACGCUAAGUCGACAUGGGAGCCUCUCGUUGAGCCCUGGCCUGUAUCUGUCUAUGCAUCUAAGGCCAUGGAUCCCAAGCCUACUAUUAUGAUUGACGUUGUUUCCAGAAGCAUGGCCCAAAUUACUGUCUCAUCCAGAUCUGUCGCUUUGCUUUCCCAAGUGUUUUCUGCAAUUAAUCCUGACAUCGAUCUUAAGUCUCGAGAAGAAGUGACUCCUUACACGAUCCUUAAUGAGACUGGAUACGAUUUAGAGGUCUGGACCGAUCGUGACGAAGAGCUGAGGAAGGAUUCGACUGUUUUGAAGAACAGUCAAAAGAUCCCUUGGGCUUUUGAGGACUGGAGAGUGAUUCGUGAGAAGUUGGAUACUGACAGUGACCAAGAUGUCCUUGGCUUGAAGAUUCUCGGCUCUUCCUAUGAAAAGGUUAGAAAGAUCAACGCUGCAGGUGUUGGAGAGCAAAUAUUCAUGCUUAGACCUCCAGUUGAUGGUGUUCACAGCAGACUUGCUGCUGAAGUGAUCCUAGGUGAUGAUAAUGUUAAGACGAUUGUUUUGCGCUCAACAGUUAAGGUUCAAAAUGACUCGGAUUCAGGCAUUACUAUAAGAGUGACUGAAGAGAACCAGAAUAUUGACUCUGAAAUACUUAUUGAGCCCAAUCAAACGAAGUCGCUUCCGAUUGAUGCUGUGUUCUCUGGCAAGAUAAAGAUCAAGCCACACCUUGAAACAAAGUUCAACUGGUCUAACGAGACUUUGGAGUGGAAGGAUCUUAUGAAGCAAGGCACUGCUCUUUCAUGCUCUUCAGUUGGAACGGGCCAGACAUCCGUCUUCUAUUAUCAAGCUGAAGUCAAGUAUGACGAGGAAGAGCCUCUAGCCAGAGUGUACCCUCAUUUCACGCUUGUUAUCUCUGCGCCACUUGAAAUCGAGAACUUGCUACCAUUCGAUUUCAACUUCAGGUUGUAUGAUAAAAGCAGCAAAAAGGACUGGAGCGGCUCUGUUAAGAAAGGGCAAAGCACGUUUGUCCAUGUUGUCACAUUAAAUGCAUUACUUUUACUCAGUAUUGAGCCGCUCGAGUGUGGAUUUGGCAAGUCGGAGUUUGCCAUUAUCAACUCCACCAAAAAGAGUGAAUUCAAACGUGAAUCGCUCAUCAACACCAGAGGUGAUUCGGGCAGAAAUGUGAGAUUGAAGAUGCACUAUCCAAAGGACGAUGUUAAGACGAAUUUGAAGGUGGCAGUGUUCAGUCCAUACGUUUUGUUGAACAGAACAGGCCAGAACUUAACCGUGGUGGACAAGGCCAGUCGUUCCAAUGUUAUGGAGUCUUCCAGUUUGCAAGAAAACAUACCUCACAUGUUUUCCUUCGAUAGAGACGGGGAAAGACUGAACAGAGCUCUUGUUAAAUUAGCUGACUCGGUCCUUUCAGCUCCAGUAAGUUUUGAUGCUAUUGGUCAAAGUUUGGGUAUGCUGGUGCAAUUGAAUCACAAACAAACUGAGAUGAACUUUGGCGUUUCUAUUGGAGAAGGUGAAGGAAAAUACAAGCUCACAAAGGUCGUGACUUUCUCUCCUCGUUACGUCAUUAAAAACGCUAUUUCCGAGCCUCUCUCACUUGUUGAAAAUGGAUCAACGAAGCAGCUUCUGCUUGACCCGGGACAGCUGGUACCUCUUUACUCUCUUCAUAAAGUUGAGAAUAAGAGCAUUAUGUUGAAGUUCGACCAGGGUGGAAAGGGAUGGUCAUCUCCGUUUGCCAUUGACGAUGUGGUCUCUUUGAAGGUUAACGUGUUGACUGAGGAUGCUACAAUCUUUAUCCAGGUGGAAAGUGCCCACAACAAUUGGCCAUAUUCCAUCAGAAAUUUCACAGACCACGAGCUUUACAUUUACCAGGCCAACCCGAACGUUGAUCUGAAUGGUGAGGUUGUGAAGCGGGAUACAGUCUACAAACCGGUUUACUACAAGGUUCCAGCAAAGAGUGUCAUGCCAUAUGCGUACGACUAUCCUAAUGCUGUUGUCAAGGAGUUGAUCAUUAGAGCCCGUGGACGUGAAAGAGCAGUUAACUUGGCCGAAAUUGGUAACCUUAAACCUUUCAGGUUGCCAGCUACUGAAAGAGAUUCACAGAAUAUCUUGGAUCUCAAUGUUGUUGCUGAUGGACCUACCCAAUCAUUGGUCAUCUCUGACUAUGACCCUGGCAUGAGUUUGUACAAGUUGAGAAAGACUGAGACGAGCUCAACGGCUAACACAUCGAAGCAACAGUUUGAGGUUGAUGAAGUGGACGACAAUUACCACACCAAGAUCUUGACACGCUUUGAGGGUUUGGGUAUUUCUUUGAUCAACACCCGCUCUCAAGAAUUAUGCUACAUAACCUUGAGAGGCCUUGAGCUCAGAUACAAUGAAUCUGAUUUGUAUCAGAAUUUGAGUAUGAAGUUGAAGUGGGUCCAGAUUGACAAUCAGCUUUACGGAGGAAUCUUCCCUAUUAUCCUUUACCCUACCGUCGUUCCAAAAUCAGGAAAGGAGAUGAACAGCCAUCCAUCCUUCUCUGGUUCCAUCUGUAAGGUAAAGGAUGAUUCUCAUGGUGUGGUGUUCAUCAAGUAUGCUACAGUGCUUCUUCAGGAAAUGACGAUGGAGCUUGACGAAGAUUUCCUUUUUGCCUUGCUAGAUUUCUCUAAGUUCCCAGGUGCAAGCUGGAAUGCGCUUGUCGAAGACAAACUUUGCGACACGAAUCUUGAAAUUCCGGAGCCCACGAAAUUGUCUGAUGCUAGUGAUAUUUAUUUCGAGGCCUUGCAUUUGCAGCCAACCUUGUCUCACUUGUCUUUCGUCAGAACCGAAAGAGUUAAUGCCGAGGACAGGACUUCGUCCCAGAACACCAUUAUGUUCUUCGUUAAUGUUCUUACAAUGGCUAUUGGCAAUAUUAAUGAUGCACCAAUUAAGUUGAACGCAUUGUUCAUUGAAAACAUCAGAGUGCCUAUUCCCAUUUUGCUUGAAUCUGUACAGAAGCAUUACGGUCAAUCGUUCUUUUACCAGUUGCACAAGAUUUUGGGCUCAGCAGAUUUCCUUGGUAACCCAGUUGGGUUGUUCAAUAACAUUUCUUCUGGUGUUCUUGAUAUCUUUUAUGAACCUUAUCAAGGUUUCAUUAUCAACGACCGUCCACAAGAGUUGGGUAUUGGCAUUGCAAAGGGUGGACUUAGUUUCCUCAAGAAGUCCGUGUUUGGAUUCUCCGACUCUUUCGCUAAGGUUACUGGCUCGCUUGCAAAGGGUUUAUCUGUCGCUACUAUGGAUAAAUCGUUCCAAGAGAGAAGAAGACUCAACCAGCGCAGAAACAAACCAAAGCACGCAUUGUAUGGCUUUUCUUCCGGUGCUAAUUCGUUCUUUGAGUCUAUUUCAUCUGGUGUAACAGGUAUCGCUACUGCUCCAGCCGAGGGCGCUGCUAAAGGAGGCGCCAAUGGUUUCUUUAAGGGUCUUGGUAAGGGUGUUGUUGGUCUCCCUACAAAGACAGCUAUUGGUUUCUUCGAUCUUGCAUCUAAUGUCGGAGAGGGAAUCAGGAACACAACAACAGUGUUUGAUGCCGAUGGAUUAGAGAAGGUCCGUCUUCCACGCCAUGUCUCCUACGAUGAAGUCAUUCGUCCAUACUCGCAGAGAGAAGCUCAAGGCCAGUUCUGGCUUAAGUCUAUCGACGGUGGUCGCUUCUUUAAUGAGACGUACUUGGCCCAUUUGCUUCUUGCCGGCGAAGAGAAGUCAGUUGUGAUUACUUUUAAGCGGAUUAUACUCUUCUCGAUCGAUUCAUUGAAGGUGGUUUGGGUGACAAACUUCGACCAAGUCAAGGCUAUUUCUUUGGAGCCAACGGGUAUUUCUAUUAAGCUAAAGACAAAGGAAGGUCCAUUUAUCCCAAUUUCCGAGAAGAAGAACAGAGAGUUCUUAUAUGGAAGGCUUCGGGUUGCCGUUGAUAAAUUCAACGAGCAUGCAAAAGUUAUUCAGUGA